AACUGGUAUGCCUGUUAUCAAAUGACAAUUUGUUCGUUACUAUAAUCGUUCUGAAACAACCGAUCGUGGUUCAUUAAUUUCAGUGUUAAAUUAUAAAUUCGUAAUAGAUAAUAUACGAGAGGAUUUACGUCUGUUUAAUUCGUGACGUCGUGCGUUAGUACUAUAAUGAUCUACAUUUAUAUGUGAAAACAUGGAUCUUUAAUUUCAGUGUUAAUUAAAACGUGUAUUGACGUUAGAGUUUUUUUCCGUACCGUGGCAUGGUACUAUCAACUGUGAAAAAGACCGCGGUUCUUGCAUUUCAGUGUUAACACUUUAAUGGCGGUGGAAUUACGUGUUUUGGGUCUUAUCGCCGCACUUUAGUACUAUAAAAUGUGAAACGACCGUUUGCUCUUUAAUUCCAGUGUAACAAAGUUUACUGGCGUCGGAACUACGUUUGUUUUUGGUUGUAUCAUCGCAGCUCAAUAUAUUGUUAAAUUUGUGAAAAGGACCGAUGGCUCUUUAAUUUCUAUCGACGUUCCAUUCGUCUGCUUUUGGUUGCAUCACCAAACGUUAACGCCAGGAAAAAAUAAUAUCUGGCGACAACAACCUUGGAAUAUAACGUUCGGUUAUGAGAGAUGAGCACUCCGAGGUCAAACCGCUCCAUCCAAGGACGCCGGAGUCGCCCGCCGCCCUCGCGCGAGGUCGAGUAUAAGUUUAUACAGGAGACGGUCAAUGAUGUAUGCUUGACGAUAAAGACAUAUGCGCAGAAAUACUUCUCGAAAAAGGGGCUGGAUCAUGACGCAUGCGCACAGUGUUACAAGGAAAUAGUAAAAACAUGGAACCAGGAGCCGGGACACUUCACAAACUGGAAGGAAUUCAUGGAGAAAGUCGGCGAAAACAACAUAGACAAGACACUCAAACAUAAAAAUGUGUACAAGGAUUUAAUCCAUCUGUGUGAGCGGUCAAAGGAGUUUGAAACCAUGAUUCCGCAUGUAAGGGAGAGAAUUGUGAAUUGUGUGAAGGACCAUGUGUACAAAUACUGCCAUAGUUUUUCUGAAGAAACAGGAGGCGUCGAAGCAAGCAUUGUGACGGAGUAUGAACAACAGAUUAGGAACUAUAAAAGAGAUAUUGAGAAAAUGAUUAAUGCAAUAAAUAGUGAUAUUCUUAGAUAUAGUGAUGUUAAGUCAUCGUUCGAAAGGUUUAUAGCCGAGGGUGCAAAUAUCGGCAAACUCAUGGAAAGCAUUUGUGUUCAAAUUGUAGAAAUCGCUCAUGAGGUUAAAAGGUGGAUAAGUGACGAUUCUGCCUAUCCGGAUAAGCUCCAGCAAGAUAUUUUGUUCAAUACUGGAUAUAAAGAUACAUUACAGGAAGAUGUCUUUAAACUUCAAAAAAGAAAACACUCGUUAGAACGUAGUUUAGAACGAAGAUCGAAAGUGCGGAAAAAGACAGAAAAGGAGUACAAUAUUCACAGAAAAGAGAAGAAGAAACGAAAAGACAGCAUUCAAACGCUGCAGUUGAAAAUUGAGCGUUUAGAAUUUCAAAUUUCACAAAAGACCGAGCACGUGGAAGGGACAAAAACAGCCUUGUCAACUAAAAGGACAUUAACUCCGCGUCAGGAGGAAGAUAUGCACGCGAAACUUGCCAAAAACCUGCGGGAAAUUGACCGAUUAAGUGAGUGGAUGAGCGUUGCUAAGCGGCAAAGAACGAGACUCGAACGAGAGUUGAAAGAUAUUUCGGACAGAACAUACGAGUUGAAAGUAGAGCUCGUUACAAGCAGGCACGAGGCAGACGAAAUGAAGAACAGUCUUGAGGGGAUGGAGAUCGAGCUGAGAUCCAUGCACGAGCGUCUCGACAACCUGGACCGGAAGACGACCGUAAUGAAGCACAUUCGGGUCCUAAAGAUGUCACCGGAAACUCUCCGAAAGCUUUACAGGCGCCGCCGGGAGUUUUACCAGGAAGGCCAGUUAACGGACGCGUGUCGGUACGUUGCUCAGGAGAUUGACAAUGACUGGAAGCGGCUGUACGCGUGUCUUCCGUUCCAGCCGUCACGUGACAGAGAAAAACUGUCGCAUGAUAUUGAACUUAUAGACAUUUACAGCGCUCGGCGAGAUAGAACAAUGGAGGAACAAGCUCUUAAGUGCCUGGAAAAAUGGCGGACGUUUAGCCGGACGAGCGCCGACGUCGCCCAGCUUAUUAGGGGCCUCCGGAAGUUGAACAAGGAGGACUUGGCUGACAAAGUAGAGAUGAGAUUUUCCACAGAAAGUGUCUAUGGCUGAACUUGAUUAGUGGUGUCUGGCCAUGAACUGAAAUCAGUAUUAAGUUAAAUUUGAAACCGUUUGCCGGUGACCUAUUGGCGUAUUGCCAUGGACUGUUAUGUAUAACGAUUAAAAUAUUUAAACACAAA